GUAUAAUUUACUGGCGCUAGUAGCUUUUUCUUACUGUCGCGUGGCUUGCCGUCCAUACGGUUGGAUGCUCACUGGGUUCGAGUGUCGUUUUGCUACUACAGAACACUCUACAACGUUUGUAUAAUUAUUUCGAUAAAAAUUAUGUUUUAUACUAUAUGUAUAUUGAUAAAGUCACAAUUUCCAUAUAUGUACACUUAUAUACGUACAAACUUAUGUAUGCACAUACUAUGCGUGCACAAACAACAAAACAGCAGCAUCAGCAUGGAGGAAGUGACGUACAGAAAGGAUGUAGCUUAUCGCAUUGAGUUCCAAUUCAGAAAACAUUGCCUACAUUCCUCUCUCAAAUAAAUAUUUUUCCAUAUUAUUUUUUUGCCAUGCAUAUGUAUGUGCGCCAUUAACCAUUAAUUAAACUAAAAUUUUACUGCAUAGCUUUUUAAGUUACUGUAUUUUGUGUUUUAAGUGCUUGAGUGUGUAUUUACAAUUAAUAAAAAUUGAGGAAAAAACAUUAAAAUACUGCUCUCUUUUCAUCCUCAUUAACCAUUUUAAACAAUUACUAACCAAAUUUCAAUUCAUUUGUGUGAAAGUGCAAUUUAUUUAUUUUUGUAUGGAGAGUUCAAGUCGACUUUCUUAUGUAAGUGUGUCUCGAAGUAUGUGUUGCAUUGGUUUUAGCUUUGAUUUCAAAAAAUAUUUUAAAUCCAUAUCUAUUUCCUUAUGUGCCUCCACUUUAGAUUUGCCCGCAAAUGCCUUUUAUUUUCUCGCAUACGAGUAUAUACAAGAUAAGGCCAAAGAGCAGACUGGCAGCGAAAAGGUCAGCGUUGCGUCAACGAUUUUUGCUGGUGGCGCCGCUGGUAUAGCUUAUUGGUUGGUCGGUAUGCCAGCCGAUGUGCUUAAGAGCAGGCUACAAACGGCACCUGCCGGCACAUAUCCAAAAGGUGUGCGUAGCGUUUUCAAGGAUCUUAUGCGUACGGAUGGUCCUUUGGCGCUGUAUCGUGGUGUUACACCGAUUAUGUUGCGUGCCUUCCCAGCAAAUGCUGCCUGUUUCUUUGGCAUCGAAUUAGCCAAUGAUGCUUAUGAUGCGAUCGCUGCAUUAUUUUAACUAAAAAACUUUCGCUAAAAGACUAAUGAAUUUUUUUCUGAAGAACACCAAAAUCCCAACAGUGCACUUAUACAUAUAUUUACGAAGUCGCGAUAGUUUAUUUUUUUAUAAUAGAAAUUAUUUUAAUUAUAAGCGAUUAUUAUGUUCACAUUGUUAUUAUAGUAGCACUAGUAGAAAACUAAACUUUUUUAUGCCUAGAAAAUUAAAAAGAUGGGAAGAAAAUA